GAUAAGGGUGCUGUGCUGGUGCCAGUGGUGCUGAAUUCUGGUGGAGCAAAGCACACUGGCAGCAUUGUGCCAACUCAUUGUGCAAAGGCUGAGCAGCUUCUCACCCUCCUUAGUGGUUUGCUUGGUCCUGGAUCUUGGAUAGCUUCUUGCAGAGGACCGAGGAUGUCCUCGAUGUUCGGCAAGCCCCGAGCCAGCAGCGAGCGGCCGGCCCAGAGUCCCCUCCCCGAGUGCAACGUGGCCAUCCUGGGGUGCAGAGGGGCCGGCAAGUCAGCUCUCACCGUGAAGUUUCUGACCAAGAGGUUCAUCAGUGAAUAUGAUCCCAACCUGGAGGACACCUACUCCUCGGAGGAGCUGGUGGACCAGCAGCCUGUGCUCUUGAAGGUGAUGGACACUGCUGACCAGGACGGCCCCGGGAACUGCGAGCGCUACCUGUGCUGGGCCAGCGCCUUCCUUGUUGUCUACAGCAUCGACAACAGGAAGAGCUUCGAGGGCUGCCAGCGCUACCUCGAGGUGCUCGCCCUGCACGCGCAGGGCUGCCAGCGCCGCUGCCCCGUGCUCCUGCUGGGAAACAAGCUGGACAUGGAGCAGUACAGGCAGGUGCUCUCAGCAGAAGGGAUGUCCCUCGCCAGCAGGUUCGGGUGCCUUUUCCAUGAGGUGUCGGCAUGCCAGGACUUCUCUCGGGUGCAGCACGUCUUCCACGAGGCCGUGCGGGAGGUGCGGCGCCAGGCCGAGUGGAACCUGCCCCUGCGGCCGCUCUUCAUCUCCGAGGAGCGGCCCUGCCCUCCCGUGGCCACGCCGGUGGCCCUGCCCACCCACCACAGCUUGGCCACCUGCACCUUCAACACCCUCUCCACCGUCAACUACAAGGAGAUCCCCUCGGUGGCCCAGGCCAAGCUGGUCACCGUCAAGUCCUCGCGGGCUCAGAGCAAAAGGAAGGCUCCCACGCUAACCUUGCUGAAAGGCUUCAAGAUAUUUUAGGACACGUCCCUGCGGGCUGCAGAGAGGGAGGAGAGAGACCCUCAUCCAUCCCAGCUCCACAGGGCCUGAGACCUCCCAUGAUGGACUCACAGGCAUUGCAGCAGACAGUGGCUCUGUCUCCAUGCCGGGGCAAAGCCAGAAGUGGCAACUUGGCGAGCAGGGAGAGUGCCAAGGGUCUGACAUGGGCUGUGGCAUCGCUCUGCCUGCCCCUGCCCACUGCUGCUGUGCUGUUUGCACCCUGUCCUGCCACUGGCACUGGGGCCAGCUCGGUUUUCUGUGAGGAUGCAGCAGUUCCCAGAGGAGCCGGAGCUGCGGAUACCAUUGGGAGGGCAAGGACCAGCCCCAUGUGGGCACCUGGAACACAGCUCCAGGAGCCCAGGAAGGGAGCUCAUUAAUCCAGCAUGGAGGCACCCAUCUCGUUCAUCCCACAGGUCCCCGACUAAGCAAUAAGUAGGAAGAAUUUUUAUUUUUUUAAAUCCAGAUAAAAAAGGUGCAGACACAUUUCAGCUGCUUAAAGGCCUCAGGUGGCCUGAAACUGAUACCCACACAUCAAGCUAAGUCACACCAAAAUUGCUGCUUUUUUAAUCAACUUUUUACACUACAGCAUCCUCUUCCAAAUGCUUUGCAAGGAGACGCUUUGCUGACAAGGACAUGGUCUGAAAAGACUAUUUUUAAAAGACUGGUGAAUUUCCAACAAUGUCCUAAAUUAUUUCAUGGCUUUUACACGUGCCCAGCGAAGAACACAAAGAGAAUCGUGGAGCAGACCAGGCUUUACCUGUGCCCAAGCCAGGUGCUCUAUCAGGUUAAAUGUUCUGCUUCUCCUUGGAGUUGCAGUUACUUUGCAGAGUAAAACAUCAUGUGUAUAUUUGUACAUAUAGCCAUAUAAAUAUAUAUAUAUAUGACCUUACUGACAGAGAUAUUCAAUAUGGCAUUUUGAUCAACCACUUUGGAAAGUAUUUUAAUAAAGAGGAUUCUGAAAACAAU